GGCUGGAAGUGCGAGAUUGAAAAGAGUGACACCCAACUUGUCACGACAGAAAAUGUGAGUUUUUCAACUAUUUUCAAAUGCAACUAAGGCUCAGAUCGCAGUAAACACAAUCUGUGCAGCCCAUAGAAUCUGUAGAGCCAACAUGGGCAGUGUUUCGAAGCAGGUUUUAGACAACAUGGGCUCUAAAGUUGAGGUGUAUGUCACUGCAGCAUACACGGACAAGAGUUCGGGCCUGUUUAACUUUUGGACUCAACUUGACCCCAGUGGUGUGGAGGCAAUCGAGGGUCAAAGUGAAAAGUUUCAGUACAUGGCUCAGCUUGCUGGUAGCCCAUCGUCACAUGUCACGCUUCAAGUUGGUGAACGUUGCAUAGCGAAGUACCUGGAGGAUGGGCAGUGGUAUCGCGCCCGCAUCGACAGCGUCACCGGAAAUGAUGUCAUUGCGUUUUUCAUCGAUUACGGCAACACCGAGAUCAUCCCGAGAAAUCUUGUGCGAACAGAGUCUUCCAUCAACGGGAAGGAUGUGUUUGCGCUCCCAGCGCAGGCUACCGACUGCGUCUUGGCUGGUGUCUCGGCUGUCAUGCAGCAUAAUCAAGUAAAGAUGGGAACCCAAGGCUACGUGACGAAGAUGUUGGUUGACCAGACGUUUGUAGGAGAGCCACUUCAGAUGACAGAUUAUGGUCUGGAAGUUAAACUCUUCACGCAAACCGGUGACAACAUUGCAGAAAGAUUCAUCAAGGAUGAGUUUGCAGUGCAGAGGCAAGUCGGUAUUCCGUCAUCCACAGGAGCGAAGAAGCACUCAAAGAAGGCCUACACACCAACUACACUCUCCGUAGGAAGCAGGGAGAACCUCUACGUCAGUAACGCUUACUCCCUCGGUCAGUUCUGGAUCCAGCAGGCCAGCAUCGGCGAUAGUCUGGAUCAGCUGAUGGAGACAAUCAGCCAACAGUAUGACCAUCUCGGAGCCACCGAGAAGGCACUGGGAGCCGUCGAAGUUGGUACUCCUUGUGUCGCCACAUUUUCAGAAGACGGGUCGAACUACCGAGCUGUAGUCACAAAGAUGAAGGGGUCCAACCAGUGUACAGUCCAGUUUGUAGAUUUUGGCAACUCUGAGGUCACCGAUACAGCAAGUUUGAAGAUGAUCACCAAUGACUUGAUGAAGCAACCGUCCUUCGCUGUAGAGUGCCUACUGAGCGGGGUCGAUUCAGCGCCGUCCUCUCCGAAGGCUAUUGAUCGAUUCAAUGAGCUGACAACUGACAAAGAGCUCUGUGGGAAAGUCGUCGGGAUGAGCGGUAACUCGUGCUGCAUGUUGCUGAUAGAUCCCCAAGGUCAAGAGAAUGCAGAUAUUGUCAGCGUGCUCGUUAAAGAAGGUCUGGUUUCUCGAGGCUCUGGGCAGACUUCAACGGCGACUUGCAACGGUGGAGGGGAUGCUUCUGCUCUGAAGACCUACUCGUCUCAAUUGAUCAGCCGCGGCUCCAAGAAAGUCGUCCAGCUCAUUGCCUUCAAAGGUCCGGAUGACCUAUCUUGUCAACUGAUGGAGGACGCCAAUGCCUUCAAUACCAUGAUGGAUGAUAUCCAGUCAGAGUACUCAAAUCCGUCGCACAAGAACACCGUCCAGUCGCCACAGAUUGGCCAGUCCUGUUGUGUUAAGUACAGCGACGAUGAUAAUUGGUACAGGGCCUGCAUCAAAUUCAUCCAGGGAAACAAGGUCACAGUUCAUUAUGUCGACUAUGGUAAUGGUGAGGUUGUUGACGCAGGUCAACUCAAGAUGUUGAAGCCAGAGUUUUUAGCACUACCCCCUCAGUGUAUAGCGUGCUGUCUAGAUGGUGUGCCCACUCCUCAAGGUUCUGAUGAAAAGAAAGCUUUCGAUUGGCUUGAAGGAUACUCUGAAAAAAACUUAACGGCAUCAGUUACUGGGGUUCAGAAUGACAAAUACACAGUUAUCCUAAAGUCAGAUAAGGACGGAACUGUCUUGAAUCACGAAAUCAAGAAAAUCUUGCCACCCCAAAAGACGCUGAUGUCACCUCCAAUGGUCAAAGCUUCUCAGGCGACUCAGCGCUCUUCACCGAGGGGCGAGUCGCUGAGUCCAAAGGGGGCUGCUUCAUCGGAUUUCUGCGCUUGGAUGGAAGUGAAAAUGGGCGCCAAGGAGACCAAUGUUUACGUGUCCCACGUUGAAGAUGCCAAUAAGUUCUUCUGUCAGUUAGUUGCAGAGGAGGGGAAACUUAACCUGCUGAUGGACAAGGUCCACACUGCUUGUAUCGAGAACAAACUCAAACCACUGAUGCAAGGCUGUGUAGGAAUGGCAUGCGUAGCUCAGUUCUCUGAGGACAGCAGCUGGUAUCGGGGUGUCAUCAAGGACAGGAAGCCAGGUUUCUACAGGGUUUGCUUUGUGGAUUACGGCAACGAAGAAGAUGUCCCUGUGGACAAGGUCCGAGAGAUAACGACAGAUCUGCUGGUGCUUCCCCAACAAGCUGUGUGCUGCUGUCUGAGUGGCUGGGAUGCAGCAUGGAAAGAAGACAAAGUUGCCGAACGUUUUAAGAGUCUGGCGGCCGAGUUCGAGAGCUUCCAGGUAACUGUAAAGGAGUCCAAGGGGAUUUCUGUUGUUCAGCUGAAGUGGCAGGGUAAAGAUAUGCUGCAAGAGCUCAAGAAGAUCCGAGCCAACAUCCCAAAGGAUACCAAACCACCAAAAGAAGCAACACCUCCGAGACGGAAAGGAACGCCGGUUGCUACCACCCCGCCAUUCAAACUUACAUCGGCCGCUGAAAGUGUUGAGGUCGGUAAAACUGCCCUGAUGGCAGCAAGCGUCGUUAAAGGCCCCACCAAGUUCUUCUGUCAGCUGUGCUCAACCUACGAUCAGCUCCAGCAGCUCUGUGCAGACAUGAACAAGUUCUAUGCAUCCCCUGGCUCUAACAAGAAGGUUCUUACCGAAGUUAUUCCUGGGGCAUUUUGUGCCGUCCAGUCAUCUUCUGACGGGGUGUGGUAUCGUGCCAAGAUACUUCACCCAAAAGGUCCUGGGAAAGUGAAGGUGAAAUUUGUCGACUUUGGAGACAUUGAUGUUUUACCGGCAGAAUCGUUGUGUAACCUUCUACCUAAGUUCAGAUCUCUACCGACCCAGGCCAUCAAGUGUAGCAUGGCAGGAAUAUCCAAGAAGUUCCAGGAGAUGCUUUUGGAUCAAGAGGUAACAGUUAUGGUGAAGGCGAAAAAUGACGGGAAGCUAAAGAUUGAGUACAAGGAUGAUGCCAUGCAUGCCAAGAUAAUAAAAGCUUUUGGAGGUACGAGUCAGCCUGAGCAAUCCAAGGCUGUCGUUGAAUCCAAGGGAGGUAGUUCAUCGACCUCAGGGACGACAAACUACAUCAAGCAGGGAGCGCUUGGAGGGACAGAAACCCAAGUGUACGUCACUCACGUUGACAACCUGCAGUCGUUCUACAUUCAGCUCGGCUACAGAAGCGAUGAAAUUGACGAUCUUCAGCAUAAACUCAAAACAAGUUACGACAACAAUGCCUCCGGUGCACUUUCGCCAGUCAAAGUGGGGACUCUCUGCUGUGCCAAGUUCUCCGAAGACGGAAAUUGGUAUCGUGCUGUGGUCACAGGGCAGCCGAACCCCGGCAAGGUCAUCGUUAGGUUUGUAGACUUUGGAAACAGCGAGGAGCAAGCUGCAUCUGCUCUCAGGCCUCUGAAGGGUGAAUUCGCUCAGAGAACCAUAGCCGCCGUUCAGUGCAGAAUCAAAGGAUCAUCCUCGACAAGUGCAGCUGCUGCCGAUGAAUUUCUCGAUUUAGCCAUCGACAAAAGUUUGAAGUGCAAGUUCUACGGCAAGGAGGAACCAUAUCAAGUAGAGUUUCCCGAGCUGCAAGCAGAGUUGGCUAAAAUGCAGUCUACCGACACACCACAAUCCCAAGUUUCGGCGAAGGAGUUCUCCCCUCUGAAAGGGAUUGCUAUCGGAUCCAAAGAGGAGGUAUACAUUGCUUCUGCCACGAGUCCAGCAUCAUUCUGGUGCCAGCUUGCCCGAUUUGAAGAUACCUUGAACAACCUGAUGAAUGCGAUAGAUGCACACUACAGCGCCCUGUCACCCGAGGAAGAGCAAUUGACAGCUCCAACAGUCGGCGCUCCCUGCAUUGCACAGUUUUCUCUGGAUGAAGGCUGGUAUCGAGCGAGAAUCACCCAAGUUCAUCCUGACACAUGCACUGUGACUUUUAUCGACUACGGAAACACGGACGACGUCUCCAGAAGUUUGAUCAAGAACAUCAAAGACAACUUCAUGGAGGUCGAUCAGCAAGCCAUACUAUGCAGUCUCGGGGGAGUUCGCCCAGCGGGUGGCAAGUGGAAGGAGGAGGCUUCCAAUCACUUUUCAGAUCUGACUACUGACAAAAAACUCUUGGCUGAAGUUGUUGGGAUUACUCCUCCUACCUCAGCUUACCAGGUGACCCUCUUGGAUCUGGGUAUAAGCCUCGGUCAACAACUUGCCAAAAAGGGGUGCGCUGAGGUCGUGCCGAUAACAACCAAAACCAUCAGGUUUGCUUCAGAGAGUGACAACCAACCAGACCAGUUUGCUGGUUUCAAGAAGCUAGACAUCGCCCUAGGAUCUUCAGAGAAGGUCUACGUCACCGUUGUGAAUUCAUUACACGAGUUCUACUGCCAGAUAGCUUCCAAGUCGUUUGAAGAGCUGGAACCACUUUCCGAAGACCUGCAAGCUCAAGCGCCAUCACUUCCAACUCUGACAGCUGACAGCAUUCUGGGAUCACCCUGCGUUGCUAAAUUCUCUGAUGAUGAGCAGUGGUAUCGCGCUACGGUUGUGGCCGAGAAGGAAGACAGCGCUGACGUCUUCUUUGUUGACUACGGCAACAAGGAGAGCAUCCCUCGAGAUAACAUGAGAGCAAUGACGGAUGCCUUCUCAUCUCUACCGGCCCAGACGUUAAAAUGCGCUCUCGCUCGCAUCCCUGACGUCUCGUCGCAUGAUGAUGUUGCCGUGGCAAAGUUUGAGGAGCUGGUAUUGGAGAGUGAAGCGUUGAUGGCGGAUUUCGUCGGCUUGAAGGGACAAACGAUGAUCGUGAGACUGCGGAAUGAUGGAGAACCAGUGGCUGAAGCCUUGGGUGUUGAACUCCGAGAUGACAAACCAGAACCACUACCGGCUGUGCCAGAUCAAUCUGCAGGAAGCUACUCAUGGGCCCCGUUGGAGCCAAGUCAAGUUGUGGAGGUCUUUGUUACUACCGUCUCUAGUCCAGAUGAUUUCUGGUGUCAGCUAGCUCAAUCUGAAGAUGAUCUGAAUGCCGUGAUGGACUCCAUACAGAGCCUUGUUAUCCCGUUGGGAGACAACCUGGAACCUCAAGAGAUGAAAUUGUGUGCAGGCGACAUGUGCCUGGCCCAGUGUGCUCAAGAUGGCUACUGGUACAGGUCAGAGGUCACAGGGGUCACAAGUGACAACAUCACUGUUCUAUUUGUUGAUAAUGGAAAGACUGACACCAUGCCAAGUGCCAAGGUACGAGCAAUGCAGGCCGAUUUUAUGACACUACCUAGGCAGGCGUUUAGAUGUCGGCUGACUGGAAUCAAACCUUGGAAGCAGUCUUGGGACCAGGAUUCCAUCAACGCCUUCAAGAAGCUCACAUCCGAUCACUCCCUGAUGGCUGAAGUUGUGAGUGUGGAAAGGAGUGCCGACGGUGCGGUGGCGGUGACACUACAUGAUGGAGCUGUACCUGUGUCUGACCUCCUCGUGGAAAAGAGUCACGCAAAGGAAGUUCCAGCUGGACAUGAAACGAAGAGCAGAUUGGUCAUCACCACACCCGACUGGGACGGACCAACUUACAAAGCAUCAUCCACGCCCACUGAUGGUAAACAGACUGUGGUUAUCCUGUCAGUCACAAGUCCUGUUGAGUUUUAUUGCCGAGUAGGAGAGGAAACGGAAAGUCUGGAAACGAUUACGUCUAAGAUAGAGGAACAUAUCCAAGAGUUAAUUGGUCAGACCAGGAUAGUACCCAGCAAGGGUAUGCCGUGUAUCGCCAAGUGCGAGGAUAAAUUAUGGCGGCGGGCUGAGGUACUUGACGUCGUUGGUAAAGAUGAGUUGAGAGUGUUCCUUGUAGAUGAAGCCAAGCUGCAAACCGUCCGACUGACCGACCUCCAACUUAUAACGAAUACCUUGCUGGCGUUUCCUUUGCAGGCAAGGAAGUGCUCCCUUGAAGCAGCUCCAUCUGGUAUGGAGUGGUCCGAGGAGGAUGAGGAAGCAUUUAGAGAGAUGGUUGAUGGGGAGACGCUCCAGGCAGAGUUUCUUGAUGACUUGCUUUCUCUCUAUGAUGGGGAGGAGUCCAUAAUACAAAAAAUGAUCCAGAGAAAGGAAGACGCCAAAGCCAAAUUAGAAGCAGAAAUGUUGCAGAAACAACUCCAAGAAGCAGCUGACAAGGAAGCCCUUACUAAAGUCGACAAGGACCUUGAAGAGAGCUUCCCAGUUGGGGUUCAUCUACCAGACUCUUUCAAGCAGGCUUUUGAAGGGUUAGAUCUCAAGGUUGGUGAGGACAUCACGUUAUGUCUUGUGACGAUUGAUGGUCCAGAUGAAGUCUCCUGCCAGUUUGCUCACAAUGAACAAAAGGUCUUGGACAUUGAUCAGAAAAUGUUGGAGGUCUACGAAGAGUUGGAAAGCUCCAGCUGGGUCCCACAGGUUGGAGAUCCUUGUGCUGCUAAGCACUCUGAGUUUGAAGAUUGGUACAGAGCUACAGUUGUGUCCAUUGACCAAGAGAAAAGUGUUGAAGUCUUCUAUGCUGACUACGGCGGGACAGACAAGGUCCUUCUCGAGAGUGUCCGAGAGUUGAAAGAUGAACUGAGACAGAUCCCAAGCCAGGCUAUUCGUGUUCACUUGACAAAGCCGCUGGUGCCUCUGACAACUUGGAACAAGAAGGCCAAAGCUGCUCUGGAAGGUGAGGGGACAGAACGUGAUCUCCACGUAAAAGUCAUCGAAGUUCAGGAAAAGAAGGUAGUUGCUGAGCUCUCAGAAGAGGAUCAUACAUUCUUGUCCCAGCUGGUUGAUUAUUCACAAGCAGGCUCCAUUAAUACUGAAGAAGACGAAGAAAGAGAUGGUGAGUUCUUUGAUGCUGUUGAUAAAGACUCAGUAGGGGCAGAAGAAUUGUUUGAAGCUGCAGAGGAAGGCAAUGCUCAAAUCUUAGGCAGCAUCUACAUGAAGACGGUUGAAAGUCUCGUUGAGGAGGUGCUCAUUGAUGUCGCAAAGACCCUUUGGGAAGAAGAAGGCAUCAUUCUAAAACUGCCAUUGGGAAGUUCGGAAGCUACAAGCGAGGAGAGGUCGGAUGUGGGUGCUUCAUCUUCUGAAACUGGGGAUGAAGUUAAGAGUUGCGUCGCUGAAGUUAUUGAUGAUUUGUUUGAUAAAGCGGCUGAGCAAGCUCAGGUUGAUGAUGACAAGCAACAAGAUGAAGAGAUCAGUGCCAAAGAGUCAGAAAACGAGGACAUUACUGUGUCCAAUGAAGAGACCAGUCCUGAAGAAACCAACGCAACUGAGGAAGCCUCACCAGAUGGGAAUAGCCCAAUGAGUCAUGGUGCAAGAAUGAUAAGCAUGAAGGAUAUUCUCGACCAGUUUGUUGACCACCAUCUUCAAAGGCUCAAAGAUAAUGAUGGAGUGGCUGAUGGGCAAAAGGACAAUGGUGAGAAAGCUGUUGAAGAGGAGGAAUCAGAGUCCGAUGUAGAUGAUGAGGAGGAUGUUGAUGAUAUUGGGGAAGUUGUCAAUGGAUUCAUGGCUGAUGACGAAGAAUCGUCUGAGGCGAUGAAUAAUGAAGACGAGCACAACAGCGAGAACAUCAAAGAGGAGAAUGGUCCUAAGGCAUCUUUAGAAUCUGAAGAGAGUCUGGAAGAUCCCAAAACAGAAGCAGCUGACUCCGGUGAGCAAUCACCUAAGGACAACCCGUCGAUCAAGAAUCAAGAAGAGAAGCUGGCCACUGAAGAGGAAUCUUCCGAAGACAAUAUCACAAAUGAGCAGGAAGGUGAUGACCAGACGAGCAGUGCAGAAGGACUCAAGGAGGAAGUCCAAGACAGUCCAUCCAAAAAAGACGGAGACAAGUCGAGCCCGGUUACGCAAGAAAUGGAUCCACCGACUUUGGAUGGAGUAUCGCCUGACGCCAAGGGCGCGGCCAGGGUCGACUCGGAAUCAGAGGAGCUUGAAAACCAGGAUUAAACUCCAGACCCAGAACCCAAACCGGGAGCCGAGUAAGAUGAAGCUCGUCUUUAAGACCCUUUGAGGGAGGAAUGCAACAUUAAACAAGGCGUAAUUUGGGGGGUUGAAGGUAGUCCUGGGAGCCUUCGUAUUUUUACAAAGACAUCCUGUAUAUGUCUGUUUGUGGAGUGGACAAAUUUCAGAGCUCCAUCAUUCAAAUCUUGCCUGUAAAGAAGCUACUAGUUUCACCGGAGUAACGUGCACUGGCAGCUUAGAUUGAACGUUGUGUGACCCCCAGUGUCUUCACAUGAAGUUCAACCCCAAGUUACAGCUUGUUCAACUUUGCAUUCCUCCCUGUACGAUGAUAGUGCCUUGCUUGAAGUGUCACGUAUUGAUAAAUUCCACGUAAAACAGAGAAAGAGAUUUCACUCAUGCGAUCAGGGCCCAGUUUUAUGGCUAUGCUCACUACGUAAAUCUGAGCUUCAAUCAACACUCGUUGCUAAUAUGGGCAAUCAAUGAAAAUCUGCGCUAGCUGUGUGAGCGAAGAAUUCCUAGUUAUGUGGUUAAGGCACGCACACUUCAAGCGUAAAUUCCUUUCCAACCUGUGUAAUACGCUUGAUGUAAGCGCAGAAUUUCCUGCGUCAUGCAGUUCUGAUUCUUUGCUUAGGGUAAGCAGAGCCAUGAAAGUGGUCCUUGAGAAAGUUCUCGCUUUAAGAAAAAAUACUAAGAUAAUUGGAGUUACAGAAUUAUGCUCUGAUUAUAUAAUUUGACUUUAAACAGCGGCUACAGGAUAAUCUCAAUAUUUCAACUAUUACCUUUUUUUGGCCAAACAGACAUUGUAGAUACUGAUUUAUAACCAUUUUACGCUUAAAAUUUUCAUUUGGUAAUAAAUAAUUCAAGUCAAAAAUGCACCUCUCCGCACGGCUUUUUCACCUGAGGGUCAAAAACGGCUUAUCUAUUAUAAUGACCCCUUGACGUCAGUGACAAUUUUCCCCAAUUGGGUCUGUACACAGUUCUCAAGCUGUGGCCAACUGAGGGUGCUAUUUUCCACAUAAAUAGCCGGCUAUGACAACAUGAUUCUGUAGCCGCUGUUUAAGUAUCUUGAAAUAAGUUCUCAACAAGAGAAAAACAGAAAGGAGAUCGGUAUCAACGCCAUCUUAAUAAAACGAAAACAAAAAACAUACAAAAUUUACUUUAGAGAAGCCGCUAUUGACAAAGGAUGUCUUUGCUGAUGAAGUGAUCGUUUCCCACCUAGUUUUUCAUGUGUUACUCCACGCAGAUAACAUUUGUACAAAGAAAGAUAAAAUUCACGCCUUAAAAAACAUUUGGUUGAAGUUUAAAUCGAGAGGUGAUGUUUUGAUUGUAGAGUAUGAGACACCUGUCAUAAGUUUUUUUUAUACUAGAGCGUUAAAGUGAAAAAAAAAUAAAGGAAAAAAAAAAAGAAGAUUCUAUACUUAAAACGAUAACAAACCAUUGACAGCUAUUCACUUUAUUAACACUUUUGUUUAUAUAUUAAAACUAUUUCUUUAUUUUUUGUUUAAGUAUUAUACAUUUACUCUGAUGGUAUUGGGCUUUGCUUACUGCAGACUUCAGCGCUUACAGCCCACGGAAUCAUCCGCUUCAUGGGGGGCUGUAAGCGCAGAAUUCUACGGUAUGCAUGGCCAUGAAAUUUGGCCCAGGUACAUGUCGUCGUUUCGGUGCAGUAAGGUCGUACCUCUGAAAACAGUGUUUAUGUAAAACUUGAAGUUUAGAAUGUCAAAAAGUCACACUUAAAAUUGACCAGGAUGUACACACACAGUCAACAGACACAGAGAUUUGACCUUGUUGUACAGAGUUACGAACUUGUUGCACAGAGUAACAACCUUGAUGCACCGACACGAUGAUGUAUGGUUGAUUUGAUCCUGUAUUUGACUGUUUUCUACUGCCUUCACUUUUGCCAUGAUACAUGUAUACAUGUAAUGUACAUGUAUAUUUAAAACAAAUUAUAUUCAUUUGAAUAUUGUCCAAAAGUCAGUGGACCCUUUUGCUGGGGACGAUUAUUCCUAGAUUAAUGAUGUGCAGCACCCAAUAUUUGUCCAUAUUAUUGGAUGGUUCAAAUCCUGUCCGUGGGUUUCGAAAGCAUAACCACAAUGGGAAAAUUUUGUAACCCUUGGUGGCAGUAGACUUACCAGGUAAAAUCCAUUGUUCUUGGUAAUGUGCGCAUGCUCAGAACUACGUAAACAAUGGAAAUCUACCUGGUAAGUCUGCUGCCACCUAGCGUUCCAAAGUCUCCCAUUGGCAUAAUGGGUACCAGGCCUGGAGGCCAUGGUAUCUGUUGCCCCUGGUCUUGGUGCCCCUUCACAAGUUUCCCAAUAAAGACUUUAAGAUGCCCCUUGCUUAAUAUUGAAAAUAACGCUGCCCUCAUAAAGUUGAAAUUCCAAACCCGGGGUAACACACAACUACUGCACAUUAAACGCAUUAUAUGAACAUGUUUAAAAAAAAAAUUUAAAAAAACUUUAUUGAACUUGUAUAUUCUCCUGGUGCAGUAACUGCGAAGAGUGAAAGUGAAAAAGAUGUAGGAAAUUAUGUUUAAAUUUUCUUCUCUUGAAUUUAUGCACAAGUAAACAUUACACAAAUCAGAAGUUGAGAAAUUUGUUCAAAGAGAACAACUGAUAAACUUGAUGCACUUGUUGUCAAUGGAGUUGGGUGGACGUUCAUUGAGGUUACAACAACCUAUUUUCACAUCUACAAAGCUCUGUUUUCUGCGUUGUGUUAAAGGGAAGGUACACUAUUGGUAAUUGUCAAAGACCAGUCUUCUCACUUGGUGUAUCCCAACAUAAGC